AUGACACUUUCUCAGUUCCGUCCUCACUCGGUGUCUUUUCGGAUCAGUUGGUGGACGCAGUCGCGGAUUUGUACUGCAUCUGAAUCUGAGUCUUCACAUCCAGUCAUCAUUCCAGAUGCUAUACUUGCAAAGCUGGAUAAAAAUAGUGUCUCUCUACGCUCAUAUCAAAAAUACAUCCAUGGAACUACUUCGUCUCCUAAAAGGAAAAGGAAGCACUCAGAUCAUGCAUCCAAGAAGUUGGCAAAGAAGAAGAAGCGAUCAAAGUUAGAUCAACUGCCUCCUAUCCCAUCUCCAGCCGUCUCUAAUGAUAAUCUUGGAGUAGAUUUAGAUGAGCCCACAUCUCCUCCUAAAUUUCAUACAACCUCUAAGCCACUAUCUUUCUUAGAUUCCUUAUUUCAGGCUCCAUCUGAUUAUGACAAACCAUCCUCCCCAACUCCAGUUUCACCAGCAGGCUUUCAUUAG